AUGGCAGCAGACGAGGAAAAAGCCCAAAGCGCUGCUGAGCAGCAGCAGCAGCAGCAAACAGACUUCGCCCACGACGCCGAAAAGGGUCUCACUGCGGCCGCUGACCGAACAGCAACAGCAACAACAGACUCAACUCUUGCCAAUGAAGCUGCCGCGGCAGCAGCAGCAGCGCCUGCUGAUGCGGCGCCCCUGGAGCCCGUCAAGCAAGUGAUUCCCCGUCGCGAGCGCCGUGGCCUGCUGGGACAACUCACGCUUGUGCCGGAGCUUGCCGACCCCAAGAAGACGGGCAUCGUGACCAAGUGGCUGAUGACGGUUAUUGUGGCGACGGCGGCCGGCACGUCGUCGACGGGGACGUCUAUUUCGUAUCCCGCUUUGAAUGAUAUGGCGGUGGAUUUGGGGACUACGCCGACGGUGGUCAACUUGUCGCUGGCGUUUUAUUUGCUUGCUAUGGCCUUUACCCCGAUGUGGUGGUCAUUCCUCUCCGAAACCAAGGGCCGGCGCAGCGUUUACAUCAUCUCGUUCGCACUCUUCUCGAUAUUCUCGGCCGCCAGCGCGCUCAGCGUCAACGCCGCCAUGUUGAUUGUUUUCCGUGUGCUUAGUGGCGGCGCGUCAGCUGCCGUGCAGACGGUUGGUGCGGGCACAAUUGCUGAUAUCUGGGAGCCGGAGCGCCGCGGCCUCGCCAUGGGCGUCUUCUUUCUAGGCCCUCUGUGCGGUCCCGGUAUUGCGCCCAUCAUCGGCGGUGCGCUGACCGACAAUCUCGGCUGGCGCAGCACGCUGUGGUUUCUGGUGAUCUUUGGCGGUGUCCUGUUGCUGCUCAUUGUGUUUUGCCUGCCCGAGACGGUGGCGCGCAAGCAGGAGCAAAAGAAGGUGGGUGGCUUCAAGGGCGUGGCGGUGGGCCUGGUCAAACCGAUCCUGGCACUCAGCCUGUUGAGGUACCCCCCGAUUCUGAUUGCCGUCUACUCGGCCGCAAUCGCGUUUGCGUCCAUGUAUGUGAUCAACAUUUCCGUCCAGGCCGACUUCAUCAACCCGCCGUACAACUUCACAACCACCCAGGUCGGUCUGCUCUACAUCGCGCCCAUGAUCGGCUACGCCAUCUCAUCGCUGCUCGGCGGCCGCUGGAUCGACUACAUCAUGGCCCGCGAGGCGCGCAAGGCCAACCGCUACGACGCCGACGGCAAGCUGAUCUUCCUGCCCGAGGAGCGCAUGAAGGAGAAUAUCUGGAUCUCGGCCACUCUAUACCCGGGCGCGAUGAUCUGGUACGGCUGGGUAGUGGACAAGGGCGUGCACUGGGCCGUGUCCUGCGUGGCCAACAUCUUCUUCGGAUUGGGCUGCAUGCUUGUCUUCGGCGCAGUCAACACGAUGCUCACGGAGUUCACGCCCAAGCGGUCGUCCACGGGUGUGGCCAUCAACAACUUUGUGCGCAGCACCCUGGCGUGUAUCGGCGCGAUCGUCACGCAGCCGCUCAUCGGCGCCUUGGGCACCGGCUGGACGUGCACCAUGAUCGGGUUGUUCGCGUGGGUCACAGGUAAUGCGGCCAUCUGGGCGCUCAAGACGUGGGCACCCGAGUGGCGGGAGGAGAUGAACAGGAAGCUCAAUGCCGAGGAGGUGAAGGAGCAGGCGGCGAAUAAGCAGGAGAAGAAAUAG